AUGUGGAUUGCGCCGUUUAUUUGCUACGUGGUGACUCUUUUCAUCACGUUAUGUGGUGUGCAAUAUCAUAUUAAUAUCUUCAAGUACCCAUUUUAUUUGGGUAUCCCAUUAACAUUGGCGGUUUUCCUCCCACUUUCCAUUGUGGUAUUACUCCCAUUAGAUUACGUAUCUCAUAAUGCCAAGGGCCCCAUUCUGUGGUUUGAAAUGCCCAAGAACGUGAUAUUGGUUAUGUGGAAGUCCAACUAUUGGUCCACAUUUGCCCUUACUUGGCUCUUACUCCCAAUUCUUCAAGAAUAUUAUAGAUCGGGUCAUUACAAUAAGUUGGCCAAAUUGAAAGAAGCUGCAAAGAGGAACCUUAAAUACCAGGCAAUCAUGUUGGGUGUAUCACUUGCUGGGUUGGUGUACCUCCUACUCGAAGUAGGACUCACAAUGGAGCAUGUUAAGCUCAUGAUCAUUGCCCUUCUGCAUAUCUAUUCAUUGGCGUUGGCUCUUUGGUUGAUGGCCCAUGGGUUGAUUAGUAUCCCGAGAAACCGUUGGAUUGCUGGUAAUCAUGUCAAAAAUUUGAAUCAUUAUUAUCUCCAACUCCCAAGAUUGGUGGACUCUUUGGAAGACACAAAACUUUCAUUUAAAGAAGAAAUCUUGCAAGUGUUAAUCUUGGAACAAAACUAUACAAAUCCUUCAGUUUCUGAAGACUUGAGGUUUAGAGAUUGGAUCUUGGAACUUUCCAAGCAAAUCCCACUUGAUUUGAGACCAAUAGUUGAGGUUCAACUUCGAAAUGAUGUCAGUGGUAAUAAUAGAAUCAGUAGAGAUCGAAUUACUGAGCUGUUUAUGACAAAAUUAUCCGCUGGUUUCAAUCUGAAUUUAAGUAAAUUGGUGGCAUAUGAAUCAGAAUUCAAUAUUCUAUUCACAAAAAUUGUGGAAUUAGAAGACAUUGUUGGUUGGAGAUCAACAAGUCCAGAUCAAUUGGAACAAUCAUCAGUUCCUAAUCAUCUGUACAGUCGGUUUAGAUUCAAACCAAGAACAUGGCUCCCACCAAACACACAUCUCCUCUAUGUGACUCAUAUCAAACCGAUUCUUAACCGUAUGCUUUCGGUACUUCUUUUCAUUUCAUCCAUCAUUCUUAUUGAAUCAGAAUUCCUUCAUUCAACAAAAUUUUCUUUAAUGAAUGUUUUAGUUUAUUCCACUGGUUUAAACAAAUUCCCACUUCUUCAACUUUUGGUUACUAGUAUCACCUUUUCAUACAUGUUAUUUGCCGCAUUGAAUUCUCUUACAAGAGUGAAAGUGUUUAAUAUGUAUCAUUUGGUACCACACAAAUCAGAUCCAGUCUCAGCAUGUUUCUAUGCAACCUACAUUGCCAGACUUACACUCCCACUUUCAUAUAACUUUAUCACAUUAUUUACAUCGAGAUCAUCGAUCUUUGAAGAUUGGUUUGGUUCCUCGAUUGUUUUGGAUAGAGCAGGACUUUUCAAUGUAAUGAACAAUUGGUUACCAAGGUUAUUACUAAUCCCAGUGGUGUUGACCAUGUUUAACGUUUAUGACAAAUUGAAGAGUAAAUUGGGGUUGAAUUCGGAUAUUUAUGAUUCAUGGGCUUUGGAUGAUGAGGAUGAUAUUACCACAGAUGAGAAUGGGAAUUCUAGAGUGGAUAAACGUAAAGAUCUUGUCAUAGUGGAAGCCAAGAGAAUGGUGAAUAGAGAAUGGCUCAAACGGAAAAAUGAAACUACAAGAGAGGCUUCACUUCGUCCAUUCAAUUUGGCAGCUGCUGCAGACUUAAACUAUGAGAACAAUCGUACUCAAUUCAACCAAUCAUUACUUGGGAAUCGCAUAGAAUAUAGAGACGACGAUACCAGUUUGGAACCUUCCUCCUCUCAGGGUAGUAGCAUUGGAGCUGAUAUGUGGAGCAGAAUAGGUGGUGCUUUUACAGACAUACGAGAGAAUGUAGUUUCGAGAUUUGGAGGUAAUUCACGUCCAAGUUAUCGGGAUGUACAAGAUGAUUUUGAUUAUGAUAAUGAUAAUCUAGUUAUAUAG